AUGAAGUCCAUGAAUGAUGGCAGCACCGAUGAUGGGAACAAUCAUAACUGGUUGGGGUUCUCUCUCUCACCCCACAUGAAAAUGGAAGUUACUUCUUCUCCUGGCCCUUCCCAUCAUCAUCACCAUAACUACUAUCAUCAUCCUCAGGCUUCUUCUUCUACUGCUGCAGCACCUUGCAACACUGUUCCCACAAACUUCUAUAUUUCCCCCUCACAUCUUAACACCCCAGGAAUCUGCUAUGGUGUUGGAGAAAACAGUGGCUUUCACCCUCCCUUGGCCAUGAUGCCCCUCAAGUCAGAUGGGUCACUUUGCAUUAUGGAAGCCCUCACCAGAUCACAAACCCAAG